AUGCCUGACCUAACUUCCACUUUCUACCCUCGCAUGACAAAGAGACCACCGUUUACUUGGAAGUUCCAGAUGCCAUUGAUAAUACAUGUGAGGCACGUCCUCGUCGCUCCCCUACAGCAGCAAAUAUGUUUACUUUCCGCCCCUACAGAUGACGUGAAAACAACGUAUGACAUGUUCCGCCGGGCUGCGCGAAAGUUUUCACAUGCAAAAGCUGCAGGUACCCGCCGGAUUAUGGGGAGUUACAAGGAGAGAUCUGUGGUCAAAAAGACGGUUGAAGGUGUUGAGAAAUGCAUGCCGAAAAUAUGGACGCGCUAUGAGCUCAGCGGCUAUACAUACUUGUCUUUCUUGGAGUACGAAAGCCUUGCCCUUGAUCUGGGUUGUGGAUUGAGGAGGCUCGGUCUCGGAAAGGGCAGCAAAGUCCAUCUCUAUGGUGCAACGAGUCUGCAUUGGUUAGCAAUGUCACACGGUGAACAAGGACUACAGCAUUCAAUCAACGAAACUGAGAGCACGGCAAUCUUUAUAGACUCUCAGAUCAUGCCAUCCUUGAUAGGAGUCUUGAGCCAUGCCCAAUCUUUGCCCCACAUCAUAUAUAACAACACUGCGACAAAGCUAGACAGCGAAAUCUUGAAGCAGGUACAGUCUGAUUUUCCGCAUAUUAUGGUCAUCGGCUUCGACGAGCUCCGCAGGUCAGGAACUGAGUGUCCCACUGAGCCUACACCACCGGGCAAAGAUGACCUAUGUGGUAUAAUGUACACCUCAGGGUCAAUGGGUCCCUCGAAGGGCGUGUCCUUAACACACGGUAUGAUAGUGGCAGCAGUCGCGGGUAUGGACGCAGUCGUGGGGAACCACAUUAGUCCAAAGGACGCAAUAUGGACGUACCUCCCUCAAGCACACAUUAUCGAGUUCGUCUUUGAGAAUAUGUGCCUGUACUGGGGUUGCACUAUGGGAAACGGUAGCCCUAGAACGCUCUCUAACGCUUCAGUCUGGAAUUGCAAGGGAGAUAUUUGCGAGGUCCGACCCACGAGUCUCGUCGGCGUACCUGCCGUGUGGGAAUCAAUCAAGAAGGGGAUUACAGGGGUUGUCGCCGCCAAAGGUUGGCUCAGCAGUUCCCUCUUCUGGGGAUCUCUCCGGAUAAAAUCCUGGCUCCUUGACCAUUCUUUUCCUGGCAUUAGUCUCCUUGACUCCCUGGUUUUCAAGACGGUGAAAGAGGCCGCUGGUGGGCGACUGAGAAUCAUAACGAACGGCGGCGGGCCAAUCUCUAGAGACACUCAGAUAUUUCUCUCCUUGGCGAUUGCUCAUUUGAUAAAUGGGUACGGACAGACAGAGACAUGCGGUGUGGGUGCAAUCAAUGAUCCACUAGCAUGGGAUCCCAAUGCGGUUGGCGAGCUUCCGGCUUCUGUCGAAAUCAAGCUAGUGGACGUCCCUGAAAGUGGCUACUCAACGAAACAUGAUCCUCCUCAAGAAGAGAUCCUGAUUCGCGGCCCAAGUGUAGCAACUGGGUAUCACAAAAACGAGCUGGAGACCAAGGAAGCUUUCACAACAGACCAGUAG